GCUUCGGUUUACGUUGGUUUACGGGGCGUUGUUUUCCGGUAUUGAGUAUCUAGAUUUUCAGGUUACACAGGGAGUGGACUGUGCGUGUGAUUGGUGUACGUGGAUGUGAGCGUGUCAGGGAGUUUGUAGUGCGUGUGCGUGUGUUUGUAAACGUUCACUGCUCGGAUACUGUCACCGCUUUGCACCGCGGGCAGGCUCCGUGUUCCUACAUGCAAGUUACUGUGACGGCUCCACUAUUCCUGCCCAGCAAUGACCGAAAGCCGCGACACCAAAGCAGCCGACGACGAAGUGUGUCGGCGGGUGAAGAACGGGCUGAAGCCGGAGAGAAACGGUUUGGCGAAGAGCCUCUACCCCCGCCCCUGCCAUGAGCGGCCGUCCAAGAACCGCUGCCACACCGCCGAGGAGGAGGUCUAUGCAGCGUCAUACGACGGCAGGCUGUACAGCCGGCCCUUCAUCGAGUACUUUGAAGAGACCCCCAUGAUGGUGGCAGUGCUCACAUACAUGAGCUAUGGCAUCCUGACCAUCUUUGGCUACGUCCGUGACUUCCUCCGUCACUGGAAGAUUGAAAGGUGCCACAUCGCCAGUGAGAAAGAGGAGCAAAAGGAUUUUGUACCGCUCUACCAGGAUUUUGAGAACUUUUACACCAGAAACAUUUAUAUGCGGAUAAGAGACAACUGGAACAGGCCUAUAUGCAGCGUCCCGGGAGCCAAGAUGGAUCUGAUGGAACGAGCCACCUACGACUACAACUGGACUUUUGAAUACACAGGUUGGGUAGUGCAGGAUGUGAUUAACUUGGGCUCGUAUAAUUACCUCGGCUUCGCUGAGAAUACAGGUCCAUGUGCUGACUCCGCAGCUGAAGUCACCAUGAAGUACGGUGUUGGAGUUGCGAGCACGAGGCAGGAGAUUGGUAACCUGGACAGACACGAGGAGAUGGAGAAACAGGUGGCUCGGUUCCUGGGUGUGGAAUCAGCCAUGGCGUUCGGCAUGGGAUUUGCAACUAACUCAAUGAACAUACCAGCACUCGUUGGCAAGGGUUGUCUAAUCCUGAGUGAUGAGCUGAACCAUGCCUCUCUGGUCCUGGGAGCCAGACUAUCUGGGUCCACCAUCAGAGUCUUUAAACACAACAAUAUGCAGAGCCUUGAAAAACUGUUGAGAGAAGCCGUCGUUCAUGGCCAACCCAGGACUCACAGACCAUGGAAGAAGAUCCUAAUAGUGGUUGAAGGCAUUUACAGCAUGGAGGGCAGCAUAGUCCGCCUGCCAGAAGUGAUUGCCUUAAAGAAGCGCUACCGGGCCUACCUUUACUUGGAUGAAGCCCACAGUAUAGGGGCCCUGGGUCCAAGAGGAAGAGGUGUGGUGGAUUACUUUGGCCUCGACCCAUGUGACGUGGACGUCAUGAUGGGCACUUUUACCAAAAGCUUUGGUGCUGCAGGUGGAUACAUCGCAGGGAAAAGGGAGCUCAUCGAAUACCUGCGCUCACAUUCCCACAGUGCGGUCUACGCCACCUCCAUGUCUCCUCCUGUGGUGGAGCAAAUCAUCACUUCUAUGAAGUGCAUUAUGGGAGAGGAUGGCACAACAAUAGGCAGUGAGCGUGUGCAGCAGCUGGCAGAGAACACGGUCUAUUUCCGCAAGAGGCUUCGAGAAAUGGGCUUCAUCAUCUAUGGCAACAACGACUCUCCCGUCGUACCCAUGAUGCUCUACAUGCCCGCCAAGAUAGCAGCGUUUGCCAGGGAGAUGCUGAAGAGGAACAUUGGCGUGGUGGUCGUGGGCUUCCCUGCUACACCCAUCAUUGAGUCGCGAGCGCGCUUCUGCAUCUCUGCCGGCCACUCGAAAAACAUGCUCGACCAGGCGCUGAACGUCAUCAGCGAGGUUGGAGACCUCCUUCAGCUCAAGUACUCCCGUCACAGACUGCAGCCGUCUUCUGCGCGGCCUUUUGAUGAUGAUGUGUAUGAGGACAUUGACGACUGAUGAAUCACUCUGCUGCUUAAGUGGCGUGAACCAGAACAACCCCGGAAAAUACAGAGCGGGUCGGUCAAGAUGGAGCACAAGUCUUCCUUAAGGAGCGACAUGUGCGUACGUGCCCCCUGCCAUCAUGUUGCCAACACGUAACCUCCCCGUCCCCCGACGAAAGCAAAACGCUUAAAAAUACCCUCAGAUUUUACUUUGCCUUACUACACAUGCAGAGAUUGUAAGCAGUGAAAAUGGCACCUCUGCUUCUUCCUGUGUCUUUUUUCACUUUUUUUUUUAAAAAAAGAUUGUUUGUUUGUUUGUUUGUUUGUUUGUUUGUUUGUUUGUGUCUUUAGUUUUUGUGGUUUUGGCCUUUGUUACGCUUGUAAUUGCAGAUCCAGUGUGCACGUCAUCUAUUUGUUUUUUUCUUGUUUUAUGACAUGAAUCUAACAUAAAUCACAAAUGUAAGGAGACUAAUAAGGACAACAUCAUUACCAUCUAUCAAAGAACGGUCCUUUAGUCCAGCGGUUAUUGUCACAAGUAGAACUCACUGCAUGUAUUUCCACAAGACCUAAUUCGUCACCAUCAGGAGCCUGUUAGCGUGCAAACAUGACUUUUAUCUUUUAAAGUCAGUUCCCAUCGGUCUUUUCGAGCAACGUGAAUAUUGUAAAACACCUCACUUAUUACAGCGAGAUGUCAUACUGCAUUUAAUCCUGACUUGACCAAACACUUCAGACAAAAUUAGAUUUUUUAUUUAUUUAUUUUUUUGUCAUUCUCGGCUCUACACAGGAAAUUAAAAAUCUGUCAGUUUCGAGCUAAUUACCUGACAGCAUUCCAUUUAAAAAAGGAAUGGUCUGAUCACUUUAUUGAUAUUAUUUAGAAGAUUAGAUGGACAAAGUCGGCCUCGAGUCUUAAAGCUAAGCUCACAGUUUGCUAACUUUCACUUCAUAUUUUUCCUGCUGCAUAGCAUGGAUCUUCUUAUCUGAAUUUAAGCAACAAAGCAGAUGAGCACAUUUCCCAAAAUCUGCCUGCAGUAGUAAGCUGAAGGUAUUGCCAUAUUUCACGUUUAAAAAAAAAAAAAAAUCAUAUUUGAGAAUUUUAUUUGCCUCCACUGAGAUCAGCUCUGGGUCAGGAGAACAGUGCCAAAGUGAAUAGAACUGAUCAUCUGUGAUGUUGGUAUGUGUGAGGAAAUGUUCCUGAACGGGCUGCAUGGCUCAAAAGAAUAAAUGUUUAAUAUCCUGUUCAUUGCAUCGGUAAAACUCACAAGUCAAAAUAGAAAUCAACAACUAAUUACUCUUCCAAACAUUUGAUUUUAUCUUUUGUUCAGUAAUGAAACGAUUCCAGUGAUAUUACAUGUUGUUUUUCAUUUUCCUUAUGGAGGACCUGCUCUCUGUGUUGUUACUGUUAAACUCUUAUAGAGUAGCUUUGCGUUAUUCACAGUUCAAAGUCAUCUUUACUUAUGUGCUACUGAGCCUUGGAGUCGCCUCUCAGUUCAUCCUUUGUUAGAAAAUGACCCAUUUUAGCAUCUUUCAUUGAAACUGACUUCUGGUUGGUCACACCUCCCUAAGUGUUUGCUUAUAACAAGUGGGCGUGGUUUCUUCACUCAGAGCCACACUCGUGGUGGUUAUAGCAAAGACAUCGUCUAUAAAUGAGACGAGCCCCAGAAGCAGAAAAUCCUGUUGAUAACUGAACAUUCAGAGCAGUCUAACGCUGAGGUUUUGGCUCACAGAGAUUACAUUUACAUUCACUGACCUCAUUAUUCUGAAUAUCCACCGCUGUAACUAUUUUAUAUAUACAAGAAAAAGGAAAAGUUUGAAAAGUCCGCUUUAAGUCAAUAACACUUUCACAAUAAUCUGGUUUCUGUUGCAAAACUAUAAAUACGAUUUCUUUCAUUGACAAAACUUUCCAUUUCAGAAAGAAGCAUUUAAGAAAGCCAUGUUGAGAUUUAAACACACGGUCGAGUGCUGCUACUGAAAAAAAGAAAAAAAUGGAAGCCAAAAAUUGAAUGGAGAAUUUUAACCCUAAAACAUAAUACACAUUAUACUGUUACAAGGUCAGCGUCUUUUCCCCACACCCCCCACACCAGGGCCAGAAUUGCUGGGACUGUUUUUGUGUUCCUGUUUGUUACAGGAUUUUUUUUUAAUCUUAAGUCACGUGAGGAGGUUCAAACUGAAGAAUAUCUAUUAGCGCGGGUAAACUAGUGUGGACAGGAUCCAGCUCUUUGCAACUUGGUUUUACUGCUUUGUGUCUGAUAAUUGUUUUAUUGCCUUGAAAAACAAAAUGCUUUCUUUGUGCUGGCACUAAUGAGUCAAUAAUGAUGUUAACAGUCUUCUUAGGACAGGUGAGUGUGUUUUGUGUUCUUCCACAUAAACAGCUGCUGUCUUUGGAAAUGUGGGCGUUUACAUUGUACUACUGAGCUUUGGGACAGCAGCACUCCUUAGUGAAGGCAGCUCAUGUCCCACGUGUAUAUGCCACCGCUUGCAUGUGUGCACACUGACGACUGCUGUUCAAGCGCUCGUCCUUCAUACUAACGCACGCAGAGGAAGAAUUCAUCCCAGAAGCUGCUCUGCACCAGAGCUGGUGAUGCUCAAAGUGAAACACUGUUUGUUCUUUAAACCUACUACGUUCUGUCUUCAUGUCUGUCUGGGGUUGCUGUUUUGUUUUUUUUCGUCCAUCUUUGCUGAUCUUCUGAUGUGUAGUGUGAGAUACUUGUGUAACACGUCUUAUGUAAUCCAUCUGGCUUCCUUUCUGCAGAAAAUGGAUCACAGAUGAUCGUUCAUGAGCUGAAAGUUUGGUUGCAAUGUUGUUUAUACAAAUACAGAAUGUAUCUAUGUAUUUUUAAUUAUGAACAGAGAGAAGCUGUACUGUUAUACUCAAAGCAAAUAUUUACACAUAUGUUCACGUUAUGUAAAGAUUUUAUGUCCUGACAUUUUAAUGAGUUUCUGAACAUUAAUUAGAUCAGUUUCCCUUCAGUUCAUUGGUAGUUCUCAGUAGUCCUCUAUGAAGACGGCUUAUGGUUUCAACCAUAAAAUCCACUUUAUUUAGAAAAUACUACAUAAAAGCAAAAUAACCUCUUUUUUUUAUUGUUUGUUUUGGUAAAACAGCAUGAAAUGCUGUUAUGGAUGAUGGCCUGUUUUGUGGGGGUUUUUUGUUUUUUGUUUUUUUUUUUUUCUCUACAAAGUUUAUAUUGUUUCAUUAAAUAUGAGCUGUUUGGAAGAUUUUGUUUAUUAUGGAGCAAGCAGGAAGGUGUGUGUGUGCAAGUUACCACACAUCAGAGAUGGUGUUCUCUGAUAUAAAGUAGUGCCUUUGAAGCAGAUUAUUUUCUAAGAAUUCUGGUUCUCGUGUCAUAACUUCAAUUGUUCAUCUUUGAACAUCUUAAUUGGUCUCUUCAACUACUUAGUCUUCAGCAGUACUCAACUGUAUAAUUAGCACUGUGUGAUAUCCAUGUUAACUAAUUUCCCUGCAUUUCAUCAUAGAAAAUGCACUAUUUCAACAUAUCGGUAAAAUAUUAAAACGUAAAGUUUCUCACCCUUGUCAGUUACACGAGUAGAUAAAUAAAAGAGUUUAAAAUA